AUGGUCGGUCUGGAGAUCCCCGAGAAUGGGCUCUCUCUCCGCCCGGGAGAUCAGCCGGGUGACGCAGCCGUCAAACCGGCCCAAUUCAUGCGACUGAAUUUGGCACAACACACGCUCGAUGAAUUGAUCUCGAGUCUUCGGACGGACAACGCCGCAGUGAAAGUACGUAUGGGCAAGCAUCCGACGCUUCAUUACGGCAACAAGACCCAGUCCUUCCACGCCUAUCCCGAAACCCACCGGUCCGAGAUCUACCGCACUACCGAUGAAAAACAUAAUCUUUACUUUGCUGGUGUCUUGAGUCACAGUCUGGAAGUCGAGAAGGCCCGGGAAGAUACCGCUGCCACGGACCAAGCCUUAGCCAAUUUGGAGCAAAGCCUCAAUGCCUUUGAGCGAGGCAAGGCCUCCAAGUCAACCCACAUGAUUCAGAGCCCGGCGGAACUGAGAGCGCUCAGAGCGGGUAACUCAAGUGCUUCCCUCAACCUGGGCUCCAAACCCCGGUCGAUUCUGGAAAAGGAUCGGUUUCUUCGAGAGGCCUCCAACCGAUCGCUCACAUCGAGCCCAACCCUGGGUGCCCCAAGGUCUCCUCUGCCCGGCAUGACCCCCACCUCCGCGCCGCCCUCUCAAGCCAAGAACAGUGCUCGUCUCCAGGCGCUGAAGACACCCCUCAUCCACCUCCUCGCCAUUCGUCCCGUGUCGACCAAGUUUUUGGCCCGUCAAACCCGGGCAUCCAUCGAGGACUGCACCGCCUUGGUCCAAAAGUACGGCGCCGAGAAUCGCAUCGACCGAGAAAAGUACGACCUCAAGGACAAAUUCUACAAGGAUCUCGAUGUGUGGAAAUUCCCCUAUCCGAGUCAGGAUGAUCGGCAGGCGGCCAUCGACAAGGCAAUUUCGGCCUUUGAUCGCAUGCGCCUGUCUCGAAGUGACAAGCUCUGGCAGGGGCUGCUGCCCAAGGAAGAACGUGGCAAGGGAAAGUGUCUCUCCAAACUCAACCUCCAAAGCGGGCUUUCGGGUAAGAAACCUGCGACGUCUGCCGCGGGGGUGGAUGCUGCCGACGAGCGGAAAGAUGGCGAUACAACUGGCAACGAGACCGACCGCUCCAAGGCCGUCUCGGUCGCGGGCGCGAAGAAACCCAGCCAGACGGCCGCAACCAAACCUCGCGUGGACAAGGAGACUACCAAGCGAACCACCAAAAAUAAAAACGUCAACAGCACCUUGACCGGCCGAAUCACGAAGAAGACGGGUGGGAAAGGCCCCGCCAAGGCACCUCAGGUGGACACCAAGUACAAGUCGGCCGAGUUUGUUCACGACUCGGAUGUCUCUGAUGAUGAUGAGAUGCCUGAUGCAUCUCCUCCCCCAUCUGCGAAAGAUGUGUCUCCGGCGGCGGCUUCUACUGCCGCCCCAGCUCCAGUGCCCAGUGACCGGUCAGCCAAGCCUGCGAAGCCGACCGGGGCGAAAAAGACCGUGCCGCCCACUCAGUCCCCGGUCAAGAAGACCACGGCGAUGGCGGUAAAGACUCGCCCCAAAGAAGGCCCACCAACCAUAUCUGCACCGAAGCGUGCCAAGGUUGACGCUCCUGGCCCGCAGGGAGAGGCCACCAAAGCUGCGGGCAAGAGGCUUCCGUCUGCCCGAUUCUCUGCUUCCCCUCGGAAACCUUCGCCCCUGACGUCGCCUCCAACCAGUGUGUCCGAAGGAGUGGGUCGGAGCCGCUCCGACAGUCAAAACCAGUCCUCCAGCUCAUCCUCUUCUCCACUCAUCUCGCAACUCAGUCGGUCCAAAGCGCCCGCCGCCGCUGCUUCUUCCGUGGGUGGUUCGGGUCGGUCAGCCACGGCAUCUGUCAAGGGGCCUUCUGCUGCCACCGUGAACAACCCGCUGAAGCGCAAAGCCGCGCCUGAGCGACCGACAGUUGCAAGCCAAGUGGGUGCUCGGAUGGCGCCCAAUAGCAACGACCCCAAGCGCCGUCGUGCCGCCAGUACUUCUAGUGGAGGUAGUACAGGUAGCGCGUCCCCCCCAAUGAGCUACAAAGUCGCACAACGCCGGCUGUGGGACAAGUCCCAAAGAUUCAAAAAGGCGUACGCGAGGUAUCAUUCUUUGCACGAGUCUCUGGCGGCCCAGUCCAAUCCAUCUCCGGACUCUAUCAGUAAAUUGGAGAAAUGGCAUGAGUCGUUGACUCGGAUGAAGAAUGAGAUCUGGGAGGAAGACCGAAAACUCCGUGACGGAUCUUAUUCUUAA